AUGGUUGAAGUUGAUCCUAAACUUUUUGUUACUUGUCGACUUUGCUUGGAUCAUAUGGGAGUAUACCAGAUUGUGCCAAAUGUGCAACAACAAAUAAAAUUUUGCUACGACAUUGAGGUUGACCCAUUUGACGGUUUGCCUCAGUUGAUUUGUAAGACCUGUGAAUGUAUUUUGAGCAAGUAUAUUGCCCUUAAAACCACUUAUAUUGACAAGCAAAAAACAUUAAGAGAGAAAUUGGAGAGAAAUGUUGCAACAUCCCUUGGUACUGAGAUACAACCCGAACAAGAAACUGUUAGUUCCACUCAACAAUUAGCCAGUGAAGUAAAGGAUAGAAAAGGAAGAAAAGAAAUUACUUUUUAUAGUGCUUCAUCUGAUAAGUCAGACACAGAUACAUCAAUAAAAUUAAAAAAUAAACGAAUAAAAAGUUACAAACGUAUAAAAAAACCACCCCGAGAUAAAUGGGAAAAUAAUUAUAACAAAAGGUUUAUAUGUAGAUUUUGUAAUAAAAGUUAUAAAAGUAGAUCUGGUAUGAUACGACACAUUAACACACAUUCAUCUUUGUUAUUUAAGUACCAAACAUGUAUAAAUAGUCAUUGUUCUGUUAAGUUGAACAAAGUGGAUGUUAAGCCAAACAUUUGUGAUUCAGAACGAAUUGUAGUGCAUAAUUGGAACAAGCUCAUAAAGUCAGAGGACCGCUUUUUUUAUACUUUGUUCAAACCAAAACAACAGUUAGUUAGCAAAGAUAGCCAAAAUUUAGAAGUCUUAAAAGGCGAAGAAAGUUUGAGUAGUGCAGAGUCUAGCGACAAUGAGCCAAUUUUUAAAGUCAAAAAGAAACGGCGUCGAUUACUUUCGAGAAGUUCAAAUGAAACUGUUGUCCUGGAAAAAAAUAAUAUUAAAGAUUCUGCUAAGCGUGAUGUCGAAAUACCGUCCGAACAAGUAAUUGCUCCAGUUUCUAGUUCUUUAGAGCAAAAUGAUGCUGAAUGCAUCAACAUAGAUGACUCCUCUGAUACUGCGUCUUGCAAAAGUAGUAACACUGAAAAGAAUGAAACAAAUAUGGAUUUAUUACUGUCAAUAAGGGACGGCGAUUAUAAAACGAUACAAAAUAUAAUUUCUGUGUGUUACAAAAAAUUCUUAAUAAGACUUGAGUCUGCCAAAGGACAUGAGUCUACCGAAAUACCAUGUAACAUUAUACAAAAACCUGUGCGUAAAAUAGAUUCUUCAAUUAAACAUAAGGUGUUAAGUAUUGGAAGAAAGGUAAUAAAUAACGCAGGUUUUAAUUGCACUGGACUGUUACGGUAUUUGGAACAUCAAAAUCUUGACAUAGUAUGGAUUCCAUCACUUUUGACACAUUCCAGUCAUGUACGAAUAAUGAUGAAAUUGAAAAAUUGUGAAGAAAACAAUGCCUCAGAUUAUGGAUGGGAAAUUUUAAAGAACGUAGAGCUAAACAACGACUCUGAGAGAAGUAGUGCUGGCACUGUUAACGAUAAAUUAACUACUGAAAUUUUAAAUCCAUCAACUGAUAAGGCUACUAUGAACAUAAGAGCGAAUAAUAGUGGAUUAAUUACAGAAUCUCAACUAAAUACUACAGAAGUAUUACCAGACCAAAUUAUUAGUACUGAUCAGAAGAUUACAGACGAAAGAGAUUGUUUAUUGAAAAAGCUUUUAAAUGUGAACCAUGUUCCCUUACCCAAACAAAUUUUGAAUGCCAGUCCGGUAGCCAAUCCUAAACAACUUCCAAAAAAAUCAAAUACAAAUGAAAAUCAAAAUAAAUUUUUAAAUCAGAAGCAAAACCUUAUCAUAACAGCCCCAGGAGACGAAUCUGUCUUAGUUGAUCGUGUUGAAGAUUCUAAUGAACAUUUACUUAUGCCGGUAAUAACGUCGACAGUUUCUUUAGCUAUCGGAACGUCGGGUGUCACGGAGGAACAAAAAAGCAAUGACGAAAAUGUUGAUUUGAUAUCACCGACUGUAUCCAAUUGUCAGAUGCCAGAAGAGUGUAGGGGUAAAAAAAAUGGUGUAAGUAAGAAUGAAAGUGAUACCGUAAAUUGUGAAGAUCAGCAAGACUCCAUUAAGAAUACACCACGGAUAAAAGUAAAACCUGUCUCUGAGUUAAUGUCGGAUAAAGCCCUCAAUAACAUGCAUAAGCAACAAGCAGAACAAAGUAGCAACAUUAUAAACCCAAAUCAAAAAAGUGGUAUAACUCACCAAAACAGGGAGAACGUAGUUUAUAUGGGAGAUAUUGCAGCACCUCAAUUAAGUAUUUCGAAUAACCAAGACCUUCAAAAUUCAGUUCAGUAUACUACUUCAGGAGCAGCCGGAGAAAGUACGUCGGCUUCAGCAGAAAGUAAUAAUGGAGAAUAUGUGUUGAUGGAUUCAGUUGACUUGCCUUUCACUAGAACAGAUUCUCCAUUUCGAUAUUUUAAAAAUUUACUGCACGUACAUAACAUUACCUUAUUAGAUGGUAAUGAAACAUUGUCGUCUGAUUUCGUUUGCCUAUUAAAAUUUAAAUUAGCAUUUCAACGGGAAUCGAAUGCACCACCUGUUGUACUUUGUCUAGCGUUGUUUAAUUCGAAAAGAAAAUUUUGUCUAAAAUUAAAUGACGCCGAAAAGAAAGUUGUUGACAUAUCGAAAUUAUCCGCAAAUUGGCAAUGGGAAAUCCUAAAGGCAACAUCUCUUGGUACUGAGAUACAACCUGCGCAAGAAACUGUUAGAUCAAGUGCCAGUGAAGUAAAGGAUAGAAAAGGAAGAAAAAAAAUUACAUUUUGUAGUACUUCAUUGGAUAAGUCAGACACAGAUACAUCAAUAAAAUUAAAAAAUAAACGAAUAAAAAGUUACAAACGUAUAAAAAAACCACCACCAGAUAAAUGGGAAAAUAAUUACAACAAAAGGUUUAUAUGUAGAUUUUGUAAUAAAAGUUAUAAAACUGAAUCUGGUAUGAUACGACACAUUAACACACAUUCGUCUUUGUUAUUAAAGUACCAAACAUGUAUAAAUAGUCAUUGUUCUGUUAAGUUGAACAAAGUGGAUGUUAAGCCAAACAUUUGUGAUUCAGAACGAAUUGUAGUGCAUAAUUGGAACAAGCUCAUAAAGUCAGAGGACCGCUUUUUUUAUACUUUGUUCAAACCAAAACAACAGUUAGUUAGCAAAGAUAGCCAAAAUUUAACGUUAGAAGUCUUAAAAGGUGAAGAAAGUUUGAGUAGUGCAGAGUCUAGCGACAAUGAGCCAAUUUUUAAAGUCAAAAAGAAACGGCGUCGAUUACUUUCGAGAAGUUCAAAUGAAACUGUUGUCCUGGAAAAAAAUAAAGAUUCUGCUAAGGUUAAUGUCGAAUUACCGUCCAAAGAAAUAAUUGCUCCACUAUCUAGUCUAGAGCAAAAUAAUGCUGAAUGCUUCAACAUAGAUCACUCCUCUGAUAUUACGUCUUACAAUAUUAUUAACCCUGCAAAGAAUGAAAAAAAUUUAGAGUUUUUAAUAUCAUUGUGGGAUGGCGAUUAUAAAACGAUACAAAAUAUAAUAUCUGUGUGUUAUAAAAAAUACUUAAUAACUCUUGAGUCUUCCGAAAUACCCUGUAACAUUAUACAAAAACCUGCGCAUAAAAUAGAUCCUUCUAUUGAACAAAAGGUGUUAAGCAUUGGAAGAAAGGUAAUAACAAACUCAGAUUUUAAUUGCACUGGACUGUUACGGUAUUUGGAAUAUCUAAAUCUUGAAAUAGUAUGGAUUCCAGCACUUUUAACACAUUCUAGUCAUGUACGAAUAAUGAUGAAACUGAAAAAUUGUGAAGAAAACAAUGCCUCCGAUUUGGGGUGGGAAGUUUUACAGAAAGUUCAGCUUAACAAUGACUUUGAAAGAAAUGGUUCUGGCACUGUUAACGAUCAAUUAACGUCUGAAAAUUUAAAUCAAUCAACUGAUAAGGCUAUUACGAACAUAAAGGCGAAUGAAAAUGAAUUAAUUGCAAAAUCUCUACUAAAUACUACAGAAGUUUUGACAGACCAAACUAAUAAUACUGAUUCGAUUACUGACGAUAAAGGUUUUUUAUUAAAAAAGCGUCUAAAUGUCAAGUAUGUUCCCUUUCCUAAGCAACUUUUGAAUGCCAGUCCGGUAGCUAAUCCUAAACAACUUCCAAAAAAUUCAAACACAAAUGAAAAUCAAAAUAAAAUUUUAAAUCAGAAGCAAAACCUUAUCAUAACAGCCCCAGGAUACGAAUGUGUUUUAGUUGAUCGUGUUGAAGAUUCUAAUGAACAUUUACUUAUGCCGGUAAUAACAUCGACAGUUUCUUUAGCUAUCGGAACGUCGGGAGUCACGGAGGAACAGAAAAGUAAUGACGAAAAUGCCUUGUUAUCACCGACUGUAUCCAAUUGUAAGAUGCCAGAAGAAUGUAGGGGUAAAAAAAUUGGUGUAAAUAAGACUGACGGUGAUACUGCAAAUUGUGAAGAUCAGCAAGACUACAUUAAGAAUAUACCACGGAUAAAAGUAAAACCUGUCUCAGAGUUAAUGUCGGAUAUAGCCCUCAAUAACAUGCAUAAGCAACAAGCAAAACAGAGUAGCAACAUUAUAAACCAAAAUCAAAAAAAUAGUAUGUCUUACCAAAACACGGAAAACGUAGUUUAUAUGUCGGAUAUUGUAACACCACAGUUAAUUAAUUCGAGUAACCAAGACGUUAAAACUUCAGUUCAGUAUACUACUUCAGCAGCAACAGCUGAAGAGAGUACAUCGUCUUUUGCAGAAAGUAAUAAUCGAAAAUAUGUUUUGAUGGAUUCAGUUGACUUGUCUUACAUUGGAACAGAUUCUCCAUUUCAAUAUUUUAAAUAUUUACUACACAUACAUAACAUUACCUUAUUAGAUGCUAAUGAGAAAAUGUCGUUUGAUUUCGUUUGUCUAUUAGAGUUUAAUUUAGUAUUUCGACAGGCAUCGCAUGUACCUGUUUUACUUAGUCUAGCGUUGUAUAAUUCGGAAAGAAAAUUUUGUCUCAAAAUAAUAGACGGCAACGAAAAAGAAAUUGACAUAUCUAAAGUAUCCAAAAACUGGCAAUCGGAAAUUCUAAAGGGGUAUAGAAAUGAGAUUACCAGGCUGAUGCAAAAUGCUGAAAAUGUCAGGCAAGAAGUUAAUGAAGUAUUUUUAUGUCUUUCAAAAUCCAUAAAGUUUCAAAAACUAUCUUGA